CUAAACUAGCUUAUUUAGCAGAAAGGUAGAGGGCUUCACCCAGCUGACCCACAGUCAGGGAGGAUGUGUGAGCUUCACAAACUCACAAUGAACUGGAUCUGGAGAGGGGAAUAGAACCUAAACAAGCGUGAUGGCCGUGUAUCUCCUGUUCCUCUUGACGGCUGUCAGUGAAGUGGCAGCUACAUUCCGUCCUCGUCAGCUCUCCCCGUGCAGAGUGGUAGAAAUGGAUGUUUAUUGCAACAACAUGAACCUGAAGCAGAUUCCUUCAGAGCUCCCUUCUGGUUUCCACAGACUAGACUUGUCUGAAAACCUCCUCCAGAACAUCACUCUGGAGCUCCUUCCCUUCAACGACUCGGUGCAGCAGCUAGACCUGCAUUCCAACAAGAUCCAGUUCAUACAGCCGGGCCUUUUCCAGCAGAUGGACAACCUGGAAGUCCUCGACAUCUCCAGGAACUUCUUGGAUGUGUUUGCACAGUCCAAAACUGAGAUCGGGCCAUUGCCCAGCAUUAAGACACUAGACCUCUCAGGCAACAACCUCUACACUGGCAUGACUGUCUACUUCCUGCGUGAUGCCCCGGCACUGAGGAACCUCUCAUUGAGCGGGAACAGCAUCACCAAAAUAGAGGCCGACACGUUCUCUGGCUCGCUCGCUCUCAGCAACAUUGACCUCCACAACAACGUGGUCCUGGAAAUAGAAGACGGGGCCUUCGAGUCUCUGCACAACCUGUCCGAACUCAACCUGUCUAUGAAUUCAAUCACUUGCAUCACCGAUUUCAACCUUUCUCAACUAAAGCUGCUCAACCUCAGCAAAAACAGCAUUGAGUCUUUCCAUACAGCAGAGUUCGACAAGGAGUAUGAUCUCUUGUACCUCGAUCUAAGUGAAAAUAAACUGCUGUACUUCCCAGAGCUCCCGAAGAGGAACAGACUGAUGUAUCUGGACUUGUCCCGAAACAUCAUACAAGGCGUUAUCACAGGAGCAGAUGAAAAUGAUUACAUUUCCCAUGGUUGGUUUAAAGCUACGAACCAGCCCCUGAACAGGACUCUCUUGGACAAUGGCGUUCCCUUUACCAACCUCUCAAGCCUUCUGUAUUUAGACAUGAGUUACAAUGAGAUCAAAAGCAUUCCAGUGGAGUUCUUCAGCAGCAUGGGCUCACUGGAGUUCCUCAACCUGAGCAAUAACUGCCUUGAGAGCUUCACAAGCUCCAGCUCCUGCUCCUUAAACUCCCUGGACAUCCUGGAUCUGAACUUCAACGCUCUGAGGAAUCUGUCCUUUGCAGAGAACACGCUCAGGGCUCUUACGGAGCUCUACCUGAAAGGCAACAAUCUCCAGGCUUUAGCCCCAGAUACUUUCAGCAUCCUUCACAGCAUCCAAGUCAUAGACCUCCGAGAAAACCACAUGAGCGUGUGCGGAUGGUACCCCCUAUUUCCCAAAUGGGGCUCCACGGUACAGGAAGCCGACUGCGUCUCUUUCACCGGGAUUCCAACACUUCGUUACUUGUACCUGUCCGGUAACGCUAUCCUAUCUCUUCCCCAGUACGCCUUCAGACAGACCCCUCUUCUGCUGUUGGAUCUAUCCAAGAACCCAGGAAUAGAAAUGAACAGCAAGGCCUUUUCUGGGCUGGAAUCGUCCUUAAUGUACUUGUCCCUCGAUGGAAAUAACCUCCCGGCGCUGAACCCGGACCUGUCGCUUCUUACCAGCCUAAAAACCUUAAAUCUGUCCAGAAAUCUGUUAACCGGGCUCCCUCCUUGGAGUAAGGACUCCUCCUUGGAGGUUCUAGACCUGCAGAAUAACAUCCUGAUCAGCUUGCAGUACAACGUAGUGCUAGUCUUGGAAAAAACCCUAAAGACCUUAUACCUUGCAGGGAACCCCCUAAACUGCUGCAGCAACCCACGCUUCCUCCACAUGGUGCAGAAGUCAGUGAUUGACAUCCCUGAUAUAGACUCUGUAACAUGCCACUAUGUGAAGAACUCUGAGUACACAGAAAUCAGCAUCCUCAGAGUAGUGGUGGACGAAUGUGCUCAGCAGGAUAUUAGAAGUAUAGGCAUCAUCAUUACAAUUAUUACAGUCCUGGCGCUGACUGUUUUGCUGGUCGUGCUUUCAAAAUACUGCCAUCAGCGGAGACUGAGGCCAGAGGGAAGCUAUAAGGCCUAGAGGAAAUGAACGUUCUCAGGUGCUGUUCAUUAGCUAACAGCCGCUUAAAAAGCCAUGAAAGCCUGCUAAUGGUUGUGGAAGUUACAAAACUGGCGUCCAAACACGAACUGAAACUCAGUUUUGCUUUGAGUUUUAUUCAAAAUAACAUUAUUGAAAGAAUGCUGUGUGUGCGAGAGUUUGGACUUUGUUGGCAAUAUUUAAAAUGUAUUCCCUGUAAUGUUGGUGUGAUCAAUGGGUGCAGCUAAUUAAAUGCACAGCUACAGCAUUUCACAGCAACACACUGCAACAGAGAGACUAGGGUAACACCUUACAUGAAGUGUCUCUAAUUACUGUGUAGUUACUUAGUAAAAGCAUGUGUACUUACACCUGAUUACAAUGUUAUA